CAGUGGUGGCGUCAUGUCACCAGCGAAAAGAAAACUACAACCACACACUCGUCAAAUACAUGCAUAUGGCAGGACAAGAGCAACCUUUCCAAAUCAAAAGAAAAUAUAUAAUAGGAAAAACAGAAGGACUAGUAGCUAGACGUCUCUGUCUCAAACUCAAAAAUUUAGUUCGUUUAAUACGAAUCGAUCGCCAUUAAUUCUUCACUGAACUCUAGCUAGCUUCAUUACACCACACUGCUAGCUAGUAGCUACCAUGGAACCAGCCGACCACGUCGCCAUUAUCCCAACUCCAGGUUUAGGCCACCUGAUACCCCUGCUCGAGCUGGCCAAACGACUCGUCGUCCACCACAACUUCACCGUCACCGUCCUCAUCCCCAACGACGGCACGAACCUGACACCGCAAAAGAAACUCCUGGAAGCUUUGCCGGAGACCAUAUCCUCCACCUUCCUCCCUCCCGUCAACUUCGAUGAUCUCCCACCAGAAUCGGCGAUGGAAACCAAGAUCGCUCUCACCUUGGCUCGGUCACUCUCCGCUAUCCGCAACUCAGUUAAGGCCCUUGCGGAGUCGACUCGGCUGGUGGCGCUUGUUGUUGAUCUCUUUGGUCUUGAAGCCUUUGAUGUGGCCAAUGAAUUUAAUGUGCUGCCCUACCUUUUCUUUCCUACUACUGCAAUGCUUUUGUGGUUUGUGUUUGAGUUGCCAAAGCUUGACAAGACAACUACAUGUGAGUACAGGGAUUUGCCUGAACCGGUCCAGCUUCCGGGUUGUGUGCCGCUCCAUGGUAGAGACUUCGCAGAGCCGGUUCAAGAUCGGAGCAAUGAGGCUUAUAAGGCGAUGGUUCGCAUCGCCAAGAUGUAUAAGUCGGCUGCUGGGAUCAUGGUGAAUAGCUUUGCGGAUUUGGAACCGGGUGCUUUCAAGGCUUCCAAAGAGCAAGGACCAGGUCUUGGUCUUCCACCGGUUUAUCCGGUCGGACCGGUAAUAAAGACCGGUUCGGUGAAUGAGAUGGGUGAGAAUGAGUGCCUGAUCAGCUGGUUGGAUGGUCAGCCAAAAGGGUCAGUGUUGUUUGUUUCGUUUGGAAGUGGUGGAACCCUCACCGCUGAGCAAAUGAAUGAGUUGGCUUUAGGGCUUGAAAUGAGUAGGGUCAGAUUUCUUUGGGUUGCUAGGAGUCCAAAUGAUAAACAAAAUGCUACAUAUUUUGGUGCUCAAGGUUCUAACGAUCCUUCAACUUUUCUACCCGAAGGGUUUUUAGAGAGAACCAAAGAUGUUGGUCUAGUGGUAACUUCUUGGGCUCCUCAGGUCCAAAUUUUGAGUCACACAUCGACGGGCGGUUUUUUGACCCAUUGCGGAUGGAACUCAACCCUAGAGAGCAUUGUACAUGGUGUGCCUUUAAUUGCUUGGCCGCUCUAUGCCGAGCAAAAGAUGAACGUUGUUUUGCUUGCUGAAGAUCUAAAGGUAGCAUGGAGGGUUGAGGUGAAUGAAAAGGGCAUAGUGCAGUGUGAGGAGAUUUCCAAGUAUGCAAGGGGACUAAUUGAAGGAGACGAAGGAAGAGUGCUAAAAAAGAAGAUGAUGGAAUUGAAAGAGGCAUCUCAACUGGCUUUGAGCCAAGAUGGGUCAUCUACAAAAUCACUCUCAGAGGUAGUCAAUAUAUGGAAGGAACACAAGAACUAGUCAACAUAUUGUGUCAACGAAUGUAUGUUUUGAAUACAAAUUGAAUAAGGUAUGAGGUUUCUUUA